CCGGGUGGCGGCGGCGGCAUGGCGGAGCCGAGCGGGGCCGAGGCCAGGCCCCCCAUUCGGGUCACCGUCAAGACCCCCAAGGACAAGGAGGAAAUUGUGAUCUGCGAUCGAGCCUCAGUCAAGGAGUUCAAAGAGGAGAUCUCCAGGAGGUUUAAGGCUCAGCAGGAUCAGCUGGUCCUGAUCUUCGCCGGCAAGAUCCUCAAGGACGGAGACACACUGAACCAGCAUGGGGUCAAGGAUGGGCUCACUGUCCAUCUGGUCAUCAAGACCCCUCAGAAGGCUCCAGAUCCAGCUGCCGCCACUGCUUCUUCUCCCUCCACUCCAGACCCUGCCUCAGCACCCUCCACCACGCCCGCUUCGCCUGCCACCCCUGCCCAGCCCUCCACCUCGGGCAGUACUACUUCAGAGGCUGGCAGCGGCAGCCGGAGGAGCAGUGGGGGGGGUCCCUCCCCGGGGGCUGGGGAGGGACCCCCCAGUGCUACUGCAUCCAUACUCUCUGGCUUUGGGGGCAUCCUGGGCCUGGGCAGCCUGGGCCUGGGCUCUGCCAACUUUAUGGAGCUGCAGCAGCAGAUGCAGAGGCAGCUGAUGUCCAACCCCGAGAUGCUGUCCCAGAUCAUGGAGAAUCCCCUGGUCCAGGACAUGAUGUCUAACCCCGACCUGAUGCGCCACAUGAUCAUGGCCAACCCCCAGAUGCAGCAGCUGAUGGAGCGGAAUCCUGAGAUCAGCCACAUGCUCAACAACCCGGAGCUCAUGAGGCAGACCAUGGAGCUGGCUCGGAAUCCAGCCAUGAUGCAAGAAAUGAUGCGGAACCAGGACCGGGCCCUGAGCAACCUGGAGAGCAUCCCCGGGGGGUAUAACGCCCUCCGCCGCAUGUACACAGACAUCCAGGAGCCGAUGUUCAGUGCUGCCCGGGAACAGUUUGGCAACAAUCCCUUCUCUUCCCUGGCCGGGAACUCCGACAGCUCAUCCUCCCAGCCUCUGCGGACUGAGAACCGAGAGCCCCUCCCUAACCCCUGGAGCCCCUCGCCCCCUACCUCCCAGGCCCCCGGGUCCGGGGGGGAGGGCACCGGAGGAUCGGGGACCAGCCAGGUGCACCCGACAGUCUCGAACCCCUUUGGGAUCAAUGCGGCUAGCCUGGGGUCAGGGGUGUUCAAUAGCCCAGAGAUGCAGGCCCUCCUCCAGCAGAUCUCUGAAAACCCCCAGCUGAUGCAGAACGUGAUCUCAGCUCCCUACAUGCGCAGCAUGAUGCAGACGCUGGCCCAGAAUCCCGACUUCGCUGCUCAGAUGAUGGUGAAUGUGCCGCUCUUUGCGGGGAACCCCCAGCUCCAGGAGCAGCUGCGCCUUCAGCUCCCCGUCUUCCUCCAGCAGAUGCAGAACCCGGAGUCCCUCUCUGUCCUCACCAACCCUCGCGCCAUGCAGGCGCUGCUGCAGAUCCAGCAGGGCCUGCAGACCCUGCAGACCGAGGCCCCUGGGCUGGUACCCAGCCUUGGCUCCUUUGGGAUGUCCCGGACCCCGGCACCCCCGGCAGGCAGCAACACCGGGGCCGCGCCCGAGGCGCCCACCUCCUCGCCGGCACCCCCUGCCACGUCUCCUCCAGCGGGGGCCUCCGGUGCCCAGCAGCAGCUCAUGCAGCAGAUGGUCCAGCUGUUGGCCGGCGGUGGGAGCUCACAGGUGCAGACGCCAGAAGUGAGGUUCCAGCAGCAGCUGGACCAGCUUCACUCCAUGGGCUUCAUCAAUCGUGAGGCCAACCUGCAGGCCCUCAUUGCCACAGGAGGGGACGUCAACGCAGCCAUCGAGAGACUCCUGGGCUCGCAGCUCUCCUAACCGGCCGCACCGCCCGCCCGCCCCCUCCCUCUGUGCCUGC